AGAGGUGGAAUCUGGGUUAUAAGUAGUGGUAAUCAGUUAAUGCCAGCAGUCAAGCAGGCAGGCAGGCCGGCUGUAACACCUCCGGAACCACACCAGCUCCGCGUAAAAACCAUGUGGACGUUUCUGACGACCGUUGCCGCGUUCCUGGCUGUUCAACUGCUGCCGUGUCGUGAGUGUUUGUCGAACGAGCACACGCUAGUAGCUGCGUCGGGUCUGCUACGGGCGAGCGGCGGGGAGGGACUGACGCUGGGAAGCUACGAGCAUGGCGAGGGCGGCGUGGUUAACGUGACGAUGCGCGGCAUGGCCGUGGCCGGGAGGAUGACUCCCGAGUUCAUGCUGGACUUUUACCAGAGUCUGAGCUCCGGGACGGACCUCAACAUCACCCGAGAGGAGAAGGAAGCUCUGCCGCUACCGUCAGACACCGUCAGGAGCUUCGCACUGAAAGAUGCCAAGCAGAAAGGUAGCAGAAAAUUCAGCUACGUGUUCGACACCUCCAACAUCUCUCCUGACAUGGACAUCCGGCUGGCCGAGCUGCGCAUGCGCGGACCCAACUUCUCGCCUCCACGCCGACUCUCCGUCCGAGUUUUCAGUCACGAGGAGAAAAAGUGCAAGAAGAAGAAGGAAGGCGCCACGUGCACAGUUAAACACAGAAUCGCCAACUUCAAGCAGAUCCAAGAGGAUUUGACCGUGGACGGGUGGAGAGUGGUGGACUUAACGAAGAAACUGUCAAGAUGGGUGCGGCAGAACGUGUCAGCUGACACCAUUGAGAUCCAGAUCACAUCCAAACCGGAGAGACGACGUCCCCGGGACCUGAGCACCGACGCUUCCGAUUGGCUCAUGCUGGUAAAGAACAUGUCCCCGGUUCAAAUUCCGGAUUCCGACGAAACGGAAACGGAAUUUUACGAUCCGGAAGACGAGAAUCCGGAAUCCUACGCGGACGAACCCAACUCAGAAUCUCGGCAGAAAAGAAGAGUCGAGAUCAAACUGUCCGAAGACGUGAGUCUGGUGAUGUUCUCUCAGAACCAAAAGGCAGACCUACUUCGAGAUUCCCAGAAGGCCAAGCGCGCAGAACAUCCGGUCAGACACGACCACCAAACGGAAACUCGCAUCGCGCGCUCCAACAGGAGACGACAGAAGAAAUCAAAGAAGGGAAAAACAACUACAGACAGUUCUUCUGAUAAACAAGACGACACCCCGUGCAAGAAAGUCGAGUUCUGGGUGGAUUUUGACCACAUCGGCUGGGGCACGUGGAUAAUCUAUCCCAAGAGGUUCAACGCGUUUCGCUGCGAAGGCGUGUGCCCGACGCCAGUAGACCAGCUCUACCACCCCACUAACCACGCAGUCAUGACCAGCAUACUGAACUUGCACAAGCCGGGGAAGGCGCCCAUGCCCUGCUGUAUUCCCACUAAGUUAAAGGCCUUAAGCAUGCUGUAUCUUGAGCACGGAGAGGUCGUCCUCAGACACCACGAAGACAUGAUAGUGGAUGAAUGUGGUUGUCAGUAGUUUCACACAUAAGUUUGUUACUAUAAUCAAAAUUUUCGAAAAUAGUUUCAUCAGAUUGGCAAAGUAUAGGAUACAGGAGUUUUAUUUUACACAACCAAGAUAGUUACCUUGCUGACGUUUCGGUGUCUAUCAGACACUUCCUCAGAACUUCUGACUGGAGUUCUGCUUCUCGCCGCUAAAUGUAGCCUCUGUCUGAUAGACACCGAAACGUGUUGGUUGUGUAAAAGAAAACUCCUGUAUCUUGUAAUCAAAAUUGCAGGAGAAAGUUGCAACUACGUGAUUUGGCUAUUCUGUGCAUUCUAUUUGGUUUUGUAAAACACAAUGUACGAAUCACUUUGUAAAAAAUACAUAUAGCGUACGAUCAGUUGAUGUUUUAUCUGUUGUAUGUAAGUACCGUGUAAGUACAACGUAUUCCUCACUGGACAAUGGAAUAAAAUGUUACUUGAAUUUCCUCCGUAUAGUAAGCAACCAAACACAGGAAAAGUAAAUAAGUCUAGAGCGCAGCUUUUUCAUGGUCUCCGUGGCCGUUUGAUUGGUUAAAUCGUAGGUAAACCGUUCCUCGCUUCUCCGCCCGUUAAUUGUUUUAAUAUUGUUGUAAAUAAAAUGUUUAUAAUAAG